GUUCAAUUGACACGAUUAUAGUUAAUUGUAAAUAUAGUUGUGGUUAACACUAGUCAUACAAUUAGCAAAUGUAUUGAAUGUAAUGACAAACCAUUAAAUGAUGGCCCCAUUGAAGGCAGUGGUGGGUCUGUCUGGAGGUGUGGACAGCGCUGUGACCGCACUAUUGCUUAAAAGAAAAGGCUUUGAUUUGACGGCUAUUUAUAUGAAUAAUUGGGUCGAAGAUAACAAUCAAACCAUUUGCCCAAAUGAUAUGAACCGAGAGUUGGCUCAAGAAGUUUGCCAUAAGUUGGACAUUGAAUUCAAAGAAGUGAAUUUCUCUAAGAAUUACUGGAAUCAU